UCUUUGUUUACUUCGUAUAGCUCAGCAGUGUUUUUGUUAUUGUGGCUAUUCUAUCAAUUGAAUUUAGUGAAAUCAUCUUGAAUUUCAUUACUGAUACAGUGUGAAACUCAAAUAACAAGUGUUAUUGGAACAAUUCACGGUGAAGCUUCUUAUUUGAUCGAGACUAUUGUUUGUCUAAUUUCGAUAUCGAAAGUCAUUGUGAAUAUCAAGUGUUGCUUACAAAUUUUGUUUAGAGGGUUGUGUUUUGUUACAGUUAUGUAACUGAAGGAUGAGAUAUUUAAAAGUAUAUAAGAUUAAAAGAUACGAUAAGUUAAUUACGAAUUUCUUAUUAGAUUUUGUUAGAGAAUAGGACUGGGGAAAUAAUCACAACACGUGGGUUUCGCUGAGAAUAAAUCGAUAGAGACGUAAGACGCGUGCGCCAAUCUCUAUCAACAAGACUAUUAUACGUCAAGGUCACUGGUCACAAACACGUGCGAUGUCGGAUUCUAUUUACACACAUGAUUUUCUUCUCGAGCCAGGUGUAGAGAUUAAACAGGAGUCGCCGAUAGAGAUGGGCACGAUGUCAGCUUCUGUGCCCAUACCGCAGCGCCGUUUUGAUAUAGGGGACUUCAACACUGAGCUCGAUUUGUGUCUACAAGACAAUCUGGUUGGCUCCUACAAUAUGUCCAAUUUAUCAUACAACAAGCUGGUGUUUGAAACUGACAGCACAUCUAAAGUGGAUAGUUUUAAAAUGGAUGAUGAGGAUAUUUUUCAAGUUGAUAAAGCUGAUCUUAUAGGCGGACCUACACUGGCUGAGUUAAAUGCAAAUCCAGAUACAUUAUUGGAGGAUUUGAAUUUUGAUGAUCUUUUACUACCUGAAGAGAGUGGUUAUUGCAUACAGAUUGGUGGAGCAAUGAGUGGUUCACGCCGUGGCCCGAUCACAAUUCAGCCGAAUAACAUAAUGCCUUCAGAGAGCCCUUGCAGUCCUUAUAGUCGUGCCCAGCUAGCAUUUUCACCUGCAAGUCAACAUAGCUCAGCUUCAUCAAGUUUUGCUCAGCCUAUGAACCAGUUGCCAGAAUUGCUGCUGAGGAUGGAUGGGUACAGCGGUGAGAUAGCUCUAGGGCAGUCAGUCCCAGCGUCCACUGUGCUGCCCCCUUACCCAACAAGUGUAAAACCUCAGCAAACUCAACUCUCUUCAUCUGCACCUACACACCUCACCAUGGAACAGAUCUGGCAGCGUAGAGAGCCCCGUAAACAUCUGCUGUCUACAAGCUCAUUGGCUGAAGCAGGGUCUGCAUCAUCCCUUUCUGGAGGGCUUCUCAGUCCUGGCACCGUUGACUUCUCACAAGAUGAAGAGGACCGUGACGUUGAGACAGAUGAAGAUAGUGACAGAUAUGAAGAUUUAUCUUCUGAUGAGUCAAAUGAUGAAACAGAAGGCAAACAGUCUCGUCACAGUUCAAAGAAAGAGAGAUUUUUCUGGCAAUACAAUGUUCAAGCUAAAGGUCCGAAGGGUCAGAGACUUAUACUGAAGAAUAAAUCUGAGGACCCACAUGUUCUAAAUUCAGUAACUGAUCCGGUAUUCAGCCCCAGUUGCAGUGUUAGGGGUAUUAAACAUAGCGGAAAAGCCAGGAAAGGAGAUGGAAAUGAUCUUACUCCAAAUCCAAGAAAAUUGUAUUUAAUUGGUAAAGAACUAGAUAACUUGGGCAAAGUAAUAAAUGACAUGAUACCUGUCAGUGAGCUGCCAUUCAAUGUUAGACCAAAAACAAGGAAAGAGAAAAAUAAAUUGGCAUCGCGGGCAUGCAGACUGAAGAAAAAGGCACAACAUGAGGCAAAUAAAUUAAAGCUACAUGGCUUGGAGCAGGAACACAGGCGUCUUAUGAAUGGCAUAGCACAAAUGAAACAAGUUGUGAGCAGCCGAGUGACUAACUCUCAGAAUAACGUUGACUGGAACUCACAUGUAACGAGCAUAGUUAAUACAGCCACAGAGAUAAAAAUAGCAGGCAAAACUUCAGAAUUCGUCAACAAAGUACUGGAUAAAGUCAGAGCAGGACAAAAUAAUGGUGGAUUAAAUGACAUAUAAAUACUAAACACAAACAAAUUCAGAUGUGAGUAAAAAAACGAAAGGCUGUUCAAUGUACCUCCAAAGUUAUUUAGAGAAGAGAGUUUAUGUCUAUCAUAUAAAAGCUUUAUUGUCUAAGACAAUUUUAUUUUUGUAUGGUAUCGAAGUAGAUUUAGUCAUUAGAAGCUUUACAAGGCAACUAGGGGGAGUACUAAUGUACUCCUCGUCUAUAUGAUUACGCCAUGAUUUAGGUGUCAGUGUCAUUUAUAUUUUAUAAGUUAUCGUUAAGGCUAACUUACAUCAUUAUAGUAGUAAACACUGACAGCAUCUUAAUUGCAUUCAGUUAAUUUAAACGCUGAUAGGGCUUACUUAUAUGAUAAAAAAUUACACAAAUAAAUCACAUGUGUACCAUUUGUGAAAAAUAAUACAGUUAAGGAUCACACAGUGAUGUGCACUUGGGUAUAUAUUUAAAAGUGAAUCUAGUCAGGAAUUACCGAUAUGUAUGUAUAUUAUGAUGAAGAUGUGCUUUAUAAGUGAGAAAAAUCAAAUAACUUUUUUACAUUCCUUUAUUUAAUUUUACAUGUUUGCAAAUACAUAUGAAAAAAAAAACACUUAUACACUGUAUUAUUUUUCUUAAGCAUUUUUGCUGUGUGUCAACUAUUUAAAUAUGUAAUUAUAUUGAAUGGGAAAGUAGUGAUUUAUAUGUGUAUGACAUAAAUAAUCAUUAUAGUUUUAUACAAGUUUUCUCCAUAAAGAAGAUGGAUCAAAAUUGCCCCACGUCCUAUAACAAUGUGACGUAUCUCAAAAAAAAAAAAGAUAAAAAUGUGUAAAAAAUAUGGCAUACUCUCUAACUUAUUUUUUUACACCUUCAUACUAAAAAACUGCUUUAAAAAUUGUUCAGGCGCUGUUAUGAAAACAUCGUUAAUAAGAUUAUUUAUGGCAUAUUUUGUUUCAUUAUUUUUUUGUUUGAUAGGGUACACCUCACAGGUGGUUCCAUAAUCAUCAAAAAAUGAUAUUAUUAAAUGAUAUUUUUAAAGCAAUUUUUUCGUAUGAAGGUGUAAAAAAAAUAAGUUAGAGAGUAUGCCAUAUUUUUUUAAACAUUUUUGUCUUUUUUUUGAGAUACGUCCCAUUGUUAUAGGAUGUAGGGCAAUUUUGUAAGGAUUGUGAUCCGUCUUCUUUAGUACCUAGAUGUAUGAAAUAUUCUAUCAUUUAAAUACCUAGAUGGGUUUACGAAACCGUAUUUAAAAUCAUGUAAAUGUUUAUUAUAAUAAAUGUGUAAUAGUGUAAGUAAAUAUGACGGCACAAUAUACAUUCUUAAAUGUAUUUUAAAAAUAGAAAGGAUGGCUUAGCUAUUUUAUACUUUUUACUUAUUGACAUGUUAAUGAACUUUUAGUCGUUAUUAUAACAUAUCGGAAAAUUAUAUUCGCAAUAAGUUAUUACUGUCAUUUUUAAUGCCAAAAAUUAUUUGGCUGGCAAGGGUUUGUUUGUCUAAGUAAACAUUCACAAAAUUAACGUAAAUAAUGAAUGAAUAAAUUUCACAAUGAUAUGUGCCCCAUAUCACAAGAAUACACUAAGUUGGUUAAUCCACAGCCAUGUCAAUAACUCAAGGAAACACCUAAAUAAAUGUUUCUUGAAAAAGUCUUGAAUAUAGAAAUAUCAUUACAUUUUAGUGCACCAAUUAGUGUUAAGCAUGUAUGCAUUGAAUUCAUUGUAUAACUAAUUUUCAAUAUUUUUCUGUAAUCGUAAAAAAUAACUACAUAUUUUUAAUAUUUCUUAUUAAAAUGGAAAGGGUAUAUAAUACUUUAUAUUUACGUAUAGAUACGUGAUGUAGUACGAUGACUGAAUAUAACGUUGAUUUGCAAUCAGCUUGUAUCAUUUGACUCGAUUUUUGCAACAAUUCUGUUAUAAAAGCCAGUUAUUUAUUACGAACAAAACGACAAUUUUGUUAAUUUGUUUAAUGUAAGUACAGGAUUUUGUCCUAAUGUUCGGUCACACAACACGUAUUGCAAAAUCUAUCUUCAGUAAUCAAAUCUGCCGAUAGAAGGCUCGUUGAUAAUAUAGGCGUAAGACAACAUUUAAUCACUUGCCUCUAAUGGAGUUAAUCUUCUUAUAAACUUUAUAACUAAUUAGUAGAUUGGAAUAAUAUUUUUAUGUGACUGCUUUUUUAUAAAAUAUAAGUAAAUUAAAACUCCGUUUCCACUACCUACUUCAUGAAAACGUAAAAUACGUAUUAAAAGUCAGUCUUUCAAUUGGACGCAAUAUUUUUGAAGUAUUGUUGGUAAUAAUAUUAGAUUAUUUGAAUGAAAUUUUAUAAUUCAGAAUAAAUAACAAGUAGAUUCAAAAUUUAUGGCGUUUUCAAACUAACGAGAUUAUUCGCUGUUUUCUGUCGCGCUUAAUUCUAUUGCUGACACUCAAAUACGAGCGCGUAAGUGCGACAGAUUUUUGUACCGCGUGAAGGCUAAACUGAGUGUGCAUAUACUUGCGGCAAAAUCCGCUAUUGUGAAAACGCUCACAACAUAUAAUUUUGAAACUGAUUAAUUUACUAGUGGAAACGUGUGGUACGACACGAAUGAUCUGCAAAAUAACUAGAUUGUAUGUAGAAGAUAAAAUAUUUAUAAUACUUUGUACCCAUUUCAAGGAAGUUUUCACAUCAAAACGCACUGAAUGUAAGUAGAUAAGUUUAUCCAGGGACUAAAUGUAAAAAAAAAUGAGGUGAAAGGAAAACCAGUACCCAGCAAGCGUAAAUGGUGUGAAUGCUGCCAAUAUUUUAAAAUUAUAUAUUUCAUAUCAAGCAACAUUUUAAAAUUCAUCCAUUUAAGUCAAUUUAGAUAAAUAGAUUAGAUACUUAAGCAUAUUAUAUUCAAGAACCAGAUUUUGGUCGCCAUGUAACUUAGUUGUGUCUGGUUUUCAUAAAUACUACUGCCUUAUUUUCGAUAAAUCUGGAAUGAUUCAAAAUUUUAAGGAUAUUGUUUUUUGUGGAGUAUAAGGGCUUGUACACAAAACUGCUUUGCGACUCUUUUUUUUUAUUUGAUGUGUACGAGCACUCUGAAUAAUUUCAGAACAGCUGAUGAGCGUAAGAAAAGCAGUCUGUUUCGUAAAUUCUAAUUUAGUUUUUGUUCUUCACAUACUUAAUAUUGAUAGGUUACAUGGAGAACAAAAUGACUAGCGGAGAUAUCAUAACGCAGAAUCUCCUCAGAAAGUAGCGCGCCAAGGUGUUCGACGGAUGGGGUACGUUAAUAGCUUCGCCCUUACACGCCCUCUAUGGAACCCACCCAUUAUUUUCAUUAUAAAAUCACCAAUAAGUCAAGACCAAUCUUUGACAGAUCGGUUUUGAUUUUUCCAGGAGCUCGAACAUCUAGUAACUGAUCACGCCUACCGUACGUUGCUUGACCUACAAGAAGGCGCCUGACCUACUUUCCUUAUGGCGUCUCCGCUAUCUUUCCUUCUUUCGUGGUAGGUUACGAAACAUACGAAAGUUUCAUGAUAUUUUUAUAAAAUAAAUUUUUGGACAUAAAAAAUGCUAUAUAUUUAGGUAAUACAAUACAUACCAUUGUAAUAAAAAUACCUCAAUUUGGACGGCAUAAGCUUUUCUUAAAUGUCUUAAAGUUAAUAAUAUUAAGAAUUCGGGAGCUCCAAUCAUGUUGCUUGUAUAGUGUUGUAGUUUGAUAGAUUUAACUCUGAUUUAAAUAUUUAUGUAAUUGUAUAUUCAAGUUUAUAUUAUCGUUAUAUCGUUUGCUAUUUAAGGCUAAUUGUAAAUAUAUUUUUAAUUUCUGUUUAUUCUUAAAGGUCACUUAACGAUCGGAAAAAGUUAAUGUUAUUCUUUACACAGUCAUAAGUCUUUGAGAGCAUUCCUAUGCUUCCCGUUUCAGGACUACGAAUAGUAGAAUCGAUAAAGAAUUGCAUUUGCCUGGACAUAAAAAGAACAUUGCGAGAUUUUUUAUAGGGAAUUCGACAUCGAGGUAUCUCUGAAAAUUCAAAGGAAUCAGAAAUUUAAUCAAUGCUAUUCGUAGUCGCCGUUAAAGGAUUGGCCAAAGUAUUCUACAAGUUCACAAGGACCAAUAAUAUCAAAAACAAAUUCAAGUAAUGAGAGACGUAUUUGGUUGUUAUUGGUUCCAAGACCAGCUCAGAAUAAUAAUUUUUGCCUAUUGUCCUUUUAAAUUGUAUGUACCCUGUAAGUACAUAGUCCACACAUAAAAUAGUACUUUAUUUUCGUUACAUAACAAACCAAACUCAAACUGGUCUGCGAUCCAAUAGGCUGUGGUUAUUUGUAUAUUUUUUAUGUAAGUUUUCUUAUGUUAAUUUUUAUUAUUUUCUUUAUUACAUAUUUUUAAAUGUAUGUUAAUGUAUUAAUGUUGAAUAAAAUUUUACGAUAAUAA